UGCAGAAGUCACGGAGUACGUUUCAAUGAUUACACCGGCGACGUACAGUCAUUUACCGUUCAUGGAACUCAGGAAUAAUUAAAUGAUAUACAACAUUAUUUACCUGAAUUGCAUCACUACGUCAUCUUUAUUUAUACUCAUUAUGCAGAUUGAAUCAAAGCAUGGAUUGUGAUACUAGAUUAGCUGUAGAUGAAGAAUGCCAGCAACUGUCAAAAUUACUAGAUCUUCUUGAUAAUCCUGCCACAGAACAACAGUUACCGUCCAGUGAAGUAGACCCUUCAAAUAAUAAUGAAAUACUCAAUAAAUCUGUUCAGAAUUUAUCCAUCGAUGCCGUCCACUAUGAAACUGCUGAAUCCCAAGCACUGGAGAAAUUAAGUUUGAAAUAUCAGUCUGAAAGACAUUUUAGUAGUCACCAACAAAAGUCUUAUUUUAAUCUGAUAUUUAGAGCGUUAGUUGAAAAACGACUAUGCUGCAUAGAUUGGGCCGAUAAAGCUCCGCCUGAAAUCAUACUUCGAGUUUUGAUAUGUCUACGUAUGUUAAUGAGAGAUGCAUCUUAUCAGAAACUGUUCUUUAAACUGGGAGGAAUUAAGGUGUUGGCAGAGCGUCUACAAACUGUCACUGAAAGAUAUUUACAUUAUGGUGAACAAGCAUUUAUAUUGGAUAUAUUGAAAGAAAUGACAAAUAUAUUUCAGAAGUUAUCAGCCGUGGUAUCCCAAAGAGACUGGCUUGUUGCAUGUGGUGCGCAUAAGCCACUAGUACUUUUGCUUUCUUCCAAUGAUGUCAUUGUCCUGCACUGUACACUAUAUGCUCUCAUAAGUUUAGCUGAAAGUCCUGCACCAAGAGCUCUUAUAGGGGAAUUAAAUUGCAUUGAAACACUGCUGAGAAUUCUUCAAGACUAUGAUAUCUUAUCUAAAAAAUUAGCUGCUAGUUUGUUGCGUAUACUCUGUGCGGAUAGCCAAGUACGAGAGCAAGUUAAAAUAUAUGAUGGCGUUCCUAUUCUUCUUAGCGUUCUACAUUGUGAUAAUUUAAAACUAUUAUGGAACUGUAUAUGGUGUAUAGUUCAGUUAUCAGAAGAUGCUGAUAUUAGUAGUGACAUUAAAACAAUGGGUGGAGUUCCUUUAAUACUAAGUAUAUUGCACGACAGGAAAUUUGUGUCUGACCACUCGUCUGGUCCAAGUGGUCUUCCCAAAAGUGCUGACAGAGCUGGCAGAAAACAUCCACUGGCUGUGCCCGUGGAUAAUACAGGUGAAGAUGAGCCACUGGAACAUGUACUUUCAUUACAGUCCGCCUGCUGUGCAGCCUUGACAGAAUUGGUGUUGAAUGACGCUAAUGCACAGCAGUUAGUACAGAAUAAUGGAGUUUAUGUAAUUGGUAUGUUAAUAUUUUUACAAAAAAACACUAGAACUCAGGAUGCUAGUGCAGUUAACACUUUACAGAAAAAUGCUUUCCGUGCGUUGAGGUUUUUAUUUAGCAUGGAGAGGAACCGACAAUUGUUCAAGAGACUAUUUCCAGCUGAUCUAUUUGAGAAGUUUAUUGAUGUUGGUCAUUAUGUUAGAGAUAUCAAAAAAUAUGAACCAUUGCUGAACAUGAUUAACAGUAUGUCGAAUGAGGAGUUAUCAGUAAUCAAAGAGUGUUUUCAAGAUACCAAUCAGAAUAAGGAACCAACUCAUCAUAUAAACAACUAUGCAGUAUAUGAACAUUUAGGUACAGGGGCUUUUGGUAGUGUUUACAAGGUUAAAAAAAAAAUGAGUGGACAAUUCUUAGCGAUGAAAGAAAUAUCUUUGUUGAAUCCUGCCAUUGGUAAAACAGCCAAGGAAAGAGACGUCAGUGUGGGACGAAUUGUCAGUGAACUUCCUAUUAUUAAAGAAGGCUUGAAACAUCCAAAUGUAGUUAGAUAUUACAAAACUUUUAAUGAAUGUGAUAAAUUAUUUAUUGUGAUGGAGUUCAUUGAGGGGGCACCAUUAACUGAACAUUUUAAUUCGUUAAAAGAAAAAAAUGAAAACUUUACAGAAGAUAGAAUUUGGAAUAUAUUUAUUCAGAUUGUCUUAGCUCUCAGGUAUUUACAUAAAGAAAAGAGAAUUGUACACAGAGAUUUAAGUCCUAAUAAUAUUAUGCUCGGAGAGAAUGACAAAGUAACAAUCACUGACUUUGGUCUUGCCCGUGUAAAGCAACAAGACUGUAGUAAAAUGACAUCAGUGGUGGGUACCAUACUGUAUUCAUGUCCAGAAAUUGUGCAGAGUAUACCAUAUGGUGAGAAAGCAGAUGUAUGGUCAAUAGGAUGCAUAUUAUAUCAAAUGUCUGCCUUGGCACCUCCAUUCUAUAGUUCUAAUAUGCUUUCAUUAGCCACUAAGAUUGUGGAAGCAAAGUACGAUCCCUUACCCAUUGAGAAGUAUUCAAAUAGGAUUCCUGAAACAAUAAAAAGGUGUUUAACACCAGAUCCUGAUGAUCGUCCAGACAUUGUACAAGUAGCUGGUGCCAUAUCUGAUAUUUUACUUAUAUACAUGGACAAACUAAGAUUAAAUCAGAUCAGUAUGGAAAAGAAGCUAGACAGGGAAAGGAAAAGGACACAGAGGCAUUUCAAUGAAGCCACUCACAAUAUGCAGAAUUAUCAUCGAUUGUUUUUAGCAUCUCAAGAACGCUAUGACAAACUGUUAGCCAGUAGUAGUGGUGGUGCUGCAAGUAUCAGAAGUGACUCCGAUAUGAGUGACAAUGUGUUUGAUGGUUGUGAGCAUGAAUCCAAUGCUGAACUGAAGACAAUAAAUAAACAUAGAUUGAUAGAGAAUUGUCAUGCUGUUCCCAUAACACUGGAACCUGAAAAAGAUGUAUUUAGUGGGGCCGAAGAAGAUGAUACUGGUUACAAAACUGAUGGUGGUACAAGCAGUCUGGAGAAUAGUGGCAAUAGUACGUCUUUAGGUAUUAGUUUUGAUAGUCAUCGAAUCACACCAAGGCCACCUAGUGGCAAAGGUUCACUGACAUUGGAUAUACCCACAGUUAACCAUAGUAAAUCAGCCUGCAGUUCAGGCUCCCCAUCACCAAAUGAAGUCUCAUCAGCAACACCACCUGUAUCAUCAGAGAGAACUGGGUUACUUCGAUCACAGAGUAGUUCAUUAGUUGAAAUGGCAUUAAGACGUGGUGGACAGAGUUCACAACUCAGAAACAGACCACCUUCUGCAACCGCUACGUUAACGAUAUCACCAAGAAAAGUAAGACAAAUCAACGAUCCAAUCAUGCAAAUGUUGAAUCAACUACAUAAAAUUAUAUUUGUUACACAACUGCCUCCGACGUUGGCCCAGAAUCCAAAGAGACGAGUCAUUGAACGAUUUAAAAGAGCUUUAUUUGCUCAGCAAAGCAGUUCAUCUAAUUUGAAGAGUGAGCUGAAAAAAUUGAUGAUUGGUUCACGAGAAGUAAUAGAUUUAAACUUUGGUGUUGGAGAAACUACAUAUUUACUGAAACAUGGCAAGUUUGAUGAUGAAGAAACAGGUAUGGACGCUAGUGACCUUGAUGUCGGUAUCACUUACGAACACAUGUUGUCAAUAAUUGAAAGUGUAUUGCGAGAAAGCGGUUAUUAUGAUAUGUCGCCAAGUGCAAGGUACGAGAAAACACCGAGGACAAGAUUCUAUCUGGAUUGAAGACCCACUACAGAGUGAUGUGAACUCAUGUGCAAGUCUGACUUGCAGUAUCUUGCUGAGUCAUGCUGCCAGUCUUUUGACAUGAAAUCGAAAAUCAUCUUUUGUGCUCCUAUGCAGUGCAACUCCCAUGAUUAUCAAGAUGAUAGAUGACACGCUUCUGAAGCUCAGCUCAAAUAAAAAUGUACUAAAGCUGAAAAUGUUGGCCUUUGUUAAAUGUUAUCCUACCCAUCCGAUUUCAUCUUUCAUAAUUCAGCAUUCAUGCUUCUAAUAAAAUAUGCUAUUUUUGGAAUUCAAUUUCAUCAGAAAAAAAGUCCACUCAACAAAUUUGGUGUUUUUUCUGAUCCCUUGAAGUCAUGUGAUGUGAUGUAAUGGUAUGGUUUUUACUAAUCUAUAGCGCCAGUAAAUGUAAACGAGUUACCAAAUAUGGUAUUAUUUGUUUUCUUAAUGAUCUGUGGGGUCAAGAAAUGUAAAUGAAUUACCAAAUAUGGUAUUAUUUGUAUUCUUAAUGAUCUGUGGGGUCAAGAAAUGUAAAUGAAUUACCAAAUAUGGUAUUAUUUGUAUUCUUAAUGAUCUGUGGGGUCAAGAAAUGUAAAUGAAUUACCAAAUAUGGUAAUAUUUGUAUCUUUAAUUAUCUGUAGGGUCAGGAAAUUUAAAUGUGUUCCCAAAUAUGGUACCGGUAUUAUUGAUGAACUACCAUAAAUUUUGUAUUAUUGAUCUUUUGGCCGAUUAUUAGGUUAAAAAUCAAUUUUGUUUUGUUUGUAUCCUAUCAUGAUUUAAAACUGAAAGCUUUAUUAAACUGCAUUAUACUUAAUGUUUUCUAUUUCUCACAAAGAGGAUAAAAUCUACUGGUAUACACACAAACUUAAAAAUAUGACUGACAAUAAUAUGGUUUUCUUCCCUUGUGUUCCCGCUUUACUUCAAGCCAAGUAACAUUGCAGCAUACCGGUACUAUUGGCUCCAAGUCCACUGUGGCCUUGUGCUGGUAGCUUCAUCAUUCGUUGUGAUGCCACGUCCAGGAAUCUAGAAAUUCACAUUACUUUAAUAGAAUUAAUUUGGUAAUCAACAAGCCAUAUGCAAGCAUUUGAAAAACUAGAAUGUCAUUGUAUUUACACACAAAAUAUUACAUCAAAACCACAUUUUGUAUACUGUACUUAGUUAAUGAUUAUUGUAAUUGUAUAAAGAAUUGUAAAAUUGACAUGUCACUGUUUUAGUGUACUUAAGACGCCGUCCAUUCAAUGUAUUUAUAUGGUGCUUUCUGAUUUGCUCUAUUUUUAUAUUGUACUUAAUACACAAUCUCAGAUAACAGAGAUACAAUGUCGUAUCGAUUCAUUGCUGUGUCUGCGUGAUGAUAUGAAUAAAAUUUACAUUAUGUCGA